AAGAUCCUGGCAAAUGAGCUCAGCCAGAGCCUGGGAGCCAGUUCGGAGGACGAGCGCCUGCCCUCCCUAGCCGGGUGCGUCUGGUACAUUACCGCAGGACACGGACGGCAAAGAGUCGUGAUGGGAAGAAGCAUGGCUACGUCAAACGUUUUGAUUUUUUCCUGAUCUCUCUCUCUCUCUGUUCCAUCAAUAAUUCACCUUAGGGCUUCCCCCUCUCUUCUCCUCCUGGAUGCGGAGGGGGGGCUGGACGGCAAAGGACGGGGCGCUGGGAAGCGCCGGUUUCGCCUGGGAAGUGUGUUGGGAGGGUGUUUUCCAAGCUCCCCCGAAAGGACCCCCGGCAACAGAGGAGAAGAACCAAGGGGGAGAGCGGACUUUUUCUUGGAACUGCUGGAAGCGCGCAGGGGAAGCGGAUGCGCUGGUAGCGGUGUGUGUGUGAGAUAGUGUGUGGUUUCUUUUUUUUUUGUACAAAAAAAAGGAGAAGAUCCCCCCCCCCCCCUCGUCUCCCCGCUGCUGCCACGGCUGCUCUCGCUGGCUUUGUGGUGUUGUGCAAGUGUGGAAGGGAAGAGGCGUUGUUGGGGCGCGCUCCGAGCCAGGCUUCGCUGUCCGCCCCUCGGUGCUGAACAUGGGCGCUUCAAGCAGGGCGCUGUCCAUGGUGCCGACCGUCCUCUUGGCUUUGGCUCUGCCCGCUUUCCCCGUCCGGGCGCAGAACGACACGGAGCCCAUCGUGCUGGAAGGGAAAUGUUUGGUCGUUUGCGACUCCAACCCGGCCACUGAUGCCAAAGGCUCGUCGUCGUCUCCUCUGGGGAUCUCCGUGCGGGCGGCUAAUUCUAAGGUCGCGUUCUCGGCUGUCAGGAGUACCAACCACGAACCUUCCGAGAUGAGCAACAAGACCCGGAUCAUCUACUUCGAUCAGAUCCUAGUAAAUGUGGGGAAUUUCUUUACGUUGGAGUCUGUCUUCGUAGCACCAAGAAAAGGAAUUUACAGUUUUAAUUUUCAUGUAAUUAAAGUCUAUCAGAGCCAAACAAUCCAGGUGAACUUGAUGCUAAAUGGGAAACCAGUCAUUUCUGCAUUUGCUGGGGACAAAGAUGUCACGCGUGAAGCUGCGACAAACGGAGUUCUACUGUAUCUAGACAAGGAAGAUAAGGUUUACCUGAAACUGGAGAAAGGUGUGGAUCGCUCAUUGCUUCUGUUCUUUGAAGAUCAUCUCCUCAUCUUUGGGAUUGAUGUUUUCUUUCUCGUUUUCUCAUGGGUGAAUAUGGAUUCAAUUUACGGCAUUUGGCCUCUCGGAACUGCUCUGAGGUUUCACUGAAAAUUUUACGUGUUUGAAUACGGUGCAUUUGGAUCAAGACUGGAAGCAGACAAUAAAUAUCUAUGCUUAAUGUUACAGAAUACAGCAGCCCGCAAGAUUUAUUCCGAGCCCCUUUCCUGGUCCUACUGGAUUUGUGGGGGAAGUGGAUAAUUAUGGUGUUCUUUCUCCCCACCCCCAUUAUAUUUUUUAAAAGACUGGCAACCAGGUCUAUGAUUUCGGAAUCUUUGAGUUCAGUCUUCAAUCAAGAUUAAUACAUAACUGCCAAAGAACUGUUCAUUGAUAUACGAGUUAUGCCUUUGUUCCUCUUGCGCUCUAAAAAAAAAAUUAACAUAAAUCCAUUCCGUUCAGUUGGGAAAAAGAAUAGAUAAUGGUUAUUGAUAAGCAAUUGACUUCACUGCUUCUCUUUGUAUAAUGGUCUGGAUGGUUCACUUAGAUGUUUUCCUUCAAAUAAUCUGCAAGAAGACCACCCUACUGAAAGUGAAUAAGUCACAGUUGGAUGCUAUUUGCACAUGGAGGGGAUUUAUAUUCUACUGAAAGUAUUUUCUGGUAACGAGAAGAGAUUAUCCUGCUUUAAAAAAAAUAAAUUGCUUACCCGGGUUAAAUGGGAUCAUUUUGGCAAACCUCCGCAAAACAGUCUUGCUCUGUAGGAAAUUUUACACUUGCUCUUCACCUUUAAUUAACAUGAUUGAUAAUAACCGCUUUAUUAAAAACCAAAGGGAACCAUCCCUUAGGCACAGCAAAUUCAUUAGUCGGAGGCGGAAGCGCUCCCUCUUUUUAAUUAUGUCCGUUUCUCAAGCCUUCUGUUAUGUUUGAGGUGUCAUCUGGUUUUGCCUUAACUGCACAAAUGUAUAUAAUGAUGAUAGAUAUUGUGGGCACAGUCCAGCCAAAGUGAAGCAUUUAAUGCCCAAACGGAGGGCAGCAGGAGGGAUUUCAACUCAUGUUUAAUUCUUCUGUUGGAGUCAAAGGGACUUUAGGACGUGCUUUGACUUAGGCUGGGGGGGGGGGGGUACCUCAUCUGUUUAGCAAAUAUUCAGUCCAAAUAGCCGGUACCUGAAUUUGGUGCAAUAUCUUUUCUGUCUCUUUGUAAAGGCCAUAUGAAUCCAUAAAUUUAUUUAUUAUGUUGCUGUUACAUAAUAAAAAUUAAUAUAUGUUAGUGUAA